AUGUCAUCGCACCGGCUACCGAAUGAUACAAUACCGGAGAAUUAUGUACUGGAGCUGAGUGUCCCGGCGCAGGAUAUCGCCUAUACCGGCACGGUGACGAUAGGCAUACGCGUCCAACACACGACCAACUCGAUUGUGCUGAACUCCCUGCGGAACCGUAUCGUACACGUCAGACUUCAGAACACAAAUCAGCUCGAGCAACCGAUCUUGAGCAUCGAGGAAGAUCCGGUCGCGCAAACACUUACGAUCAACACGAUGUCAGCGCUGAGUACGGGAUCACUCUAUCAGCUAACGAUCCGGUUUGAAAAUGAGAUUCGCAGUGAUGUAUCCGGGUUCUAUUACUUCACAUAUCCGUCUACGGCCACUGGCGAGCUCCAGUUCGGAGCCAUUACGCAGUUCGAGGCGAUCGAUGCUCGGACCGCGUUCCCGUGCUACGAUGAACCUGGACUAAGGGCUACCUUUACGAUCAUCAUUGAUAGUGGUAUCGAGACAAAGGUCUAUUCAAACAUGCCAGUGGCGGCCGUCAAAAUUAUUGGCGAGGGUAUGAAGCAAACUCGCUUUCAAUCUAGCCCGCCCAUGCCGACCUAUCUAGUAGCCUUUGCCAUUACGACUGAUUUCGUCAGCUCGCGAGUGUCACUCAAAGGUCCAGAGUCUAGCUUCAACAUGGAAUUGGUGGCUCCUCCGGGUUCAUCUCCUUCGGCUCGUCAGUACGGAUUAGAGCUUGGGGCCCUGGCGAUACGGGCCGUCGAGCGUCAUUUCCAGCAAACGUACGAUCUUCCCAAGCUAGACCAGCUGGCCGUACCUAAGUUUUACUUUUCUGCCAUGGAAAACUGGGGUUUGGUUGUGUAUGAGGAAUCGUACCUGCUGUACGAUGAGUCAACCGGUACAAACCGUGAUAAGGAGAACGUAAUCACUACGAUUGUGCACGAAUUCGUGCACCAGUUCUUCGGUAAUCUACUGACGCCCCAUUGGUGGUCCGAUGUAUUCCUUAGCGAAGGUUUUGCUACCUUCUACGAAUAUUAUAUCAGCAGUGAGCUGGAGCCAAGCAUACGGUUCCAGGAGAAGUUCACCGUUGAGGCACUACAGACGGCCUUGCUGGUGGACAGUGUCAGCACCAUACGCCCUCUGUCCUACUCGGUGCCAAACCAGUCCGACAUUAUGAGUCUGUUCGACAUCAUUGCCUACCAGAAGGGUGGCAGCAUCUUGCGCAUGUUCCAUUAUGCCCUCGGAGAGUCCACCUUUCUCAACGGUGUUCGGCAUUACAUACGCAACAACAAAGGAAGCUCAGUCACACCGGAAGCUCUGUUUGCAAGUUUGCAGUUUGCGGCGGAGGAAGAUGCGGUACUAUCGCGCAGUUUGAACGUAACCACGCUUAUGGGGCCCUGGAUCUAUCAGUCCGGAUAUCCCCUCGUAACGGUUGAGCUACAAUCUGAUGAGCUGAUCUUCCACCAAAGUCACUACACAACGGAUUCAAGGCAAGAUACGGAAGACGGUGGUGGCAAAACCUGGUCGAUUCCGGUAACCUACCAAGUGGUAAUGAGCGACGGUACGGCAACAACCGAGAAGUUUUGGUUGCCACAAGGGACAUCACAGAUAUCGAUACCCAGUGCUAGCUUACCCGAAGGUGCAUGGAUUCUCGCGAAUCCUCACCAAACGGGCUAUUACCGGGUGAACUACGAUGCAAACCUUUGGCUGCGUUUGAUCCAACAGCUAACCAGAAAUCAUGAGGUCCUACCGCCGACGUCGCGUGGCCAACUGCUGGACGAUGGCGUUAAACUCUACCUCACCGAGCACAUCGAUGCCCCGUUACUGUACGGCUUGCUACAAUACAUUGAACGUGAAAUAGAUACCAUUCCGUGGAUAGUGCUGCUGGCCAAUGAUAACCUUGGAGCCCUACGUGAUGCUCUCGUUCCAGACGAAGCCUCCUUCAACGCUUUUACGCGCUUUGCGGUUACUCGGAUAAGAAGUAUUUUCGAGCUGGUACAGUUUGAUGGGAUUUCCGGUGAGCCGCAUGAGUUUCAGCAGUUGCGUAGCAGCGUUAUCGAGUGGAGCUGCCGCCUGGGAGUGACCGAAUGCCGUACAGAGGCAUUAACCAGAAUGAUGAACGAUAUGACCGGUACGGCAAUGAUUCCAUCGUAUCUGAAAGAAAGUGUCUAUUGUGGAGGCGCCACUGUCGCCACUUUGGAUCAGCUGAUGACGGUCUGGUUACGGAUGCAAGCUAGUGGGAAUCUGGGAGAACGGUCGCUACUCAUUGCUGCCUUAGGUUGUGCCGAAAAUUCAGACUUUUUGGACCAGUACCUAGCAUCGCUGUUCGAUCCAAACACCAACUAUCAGCCCGGCGAAUGGUAUCAAGUGCUGAGUGCGGUCUACUCAAAGUCAGCCACUGGAUUCGCUGCGUUCAAUCGAUGGUCUGUUGCCUACACCAUGGCAAUUUUGCAAAACUUCGGCACGGAUCCAGCGUUUACAGCCAUUAUGGCCGAUAUUCAAAGGCGGCUUCAAAACCUUCCUCGACACUAUGAACUGGUUCAAUUAUUUAUGCAGACCUAA